CUUUCGUUCAAACUGUCAAAAAAUGUUGCAGUUGUAUGAAAAACAGAACCGUUUGCUAUCUUCGGAGAGUACAAAACAUUACCUCUAACACAGUUUAAAAGUUUAAAGUCUGCGCUAGGGAUAAAGUGCGCUUUUUUUUGAUUUUUUUUUUUACAGAAAGAAACAGUGUCGGUUUUUAAUAUUAUUUAUCGGCAGAAUAUGAAGAAAAAAUUUCAUUAAGUUAAAGUUUCAAGCGAUAGUAAAUCCUAAUAGCAAUCUAAGUAAAGGGUCUAAAUUUCAGUGGUGAAAAAUUAACGACUUAACAAUUCGUAACUUGUGCACCGUAAGUGACUAAACUUUAAAUUUUGAGAUACAAUUAUCGGUAAGAUUAACAAGAAUUGUCCUCGCCUUCUACAUACGUAUACUGCAACGAAGGUGUUUAAACAGUGUAACAUGGAAUAGGUUUUCCUUCAAAAUCAAUAAUAAGGACAGGUUAAUCUUCGACUCGACUCUCUUGAACAGCGCCCAAAAAUGAAUUUACGCUCCAUUUUUUGUUGCUGCUUUUUCAUCUUUCACAUGAUUGACGGUUACAAAAUACUCAUUCUGUACCCGGCUCCGUCAUUUAGUCGCCAACGAGCGAUCAUGGCUUUAACCGAAAAGUUGGCUGAAAGAGGACAUGAGCUUUUUGUUGUCAGCACAAACGCUGUACCUGGGCUGGAGCAGAAUCCUAACUACACUUUUGUGGACGUUUCGUUUUUGUAUAAGUAUUACUCCGAUGAGAAGAAAGACGACGUGGUUUAUCUUCAAGAGGAAAAGUCGAAAUGGAAACUUAUGGACCUUUUCAAGCCAUUGGCGAUCAUUUCGAGAGAGCAAUUCCUCAGUGAAGCUUUCAUUAAGUUUCAGCGGCGUGUGCAAUCCGAGAAAAUAUCCUUUGACGUGGUCAUUGUAGACGUCACUUGCGUCGCUUACGCAUGUCCUGUCGUACGGAGCCUCACGGGAUACGCACCAAUCAUAUCGAUGUCAACAUACAGCAUGGAUUCUUACACAGAAGGAAGUCUUGGCAGCAUACCGCAUCUAUCCUUCACCCCGUCUUUGGUCAAUGACUACACGAACAAAAUGAACUUGUGGCAAAGGCUAGAGAAUUGGUUUUCUGAAACAUACCUGACGAAGGUCUUCAUCGAUACGGUGAAAAAUGUCGCACGAGAAUUUUCCAGAGAUACUUACGGUCCUGAAUAUGAGGACCUAGUCGAUGGCUGUUGGAAAAAUUUGAGUCUUCACCUGUCUACUUCGAACUCGAUGUAUUACUACCCGAGACUACUGGGUCCUAAUGUUAUUGAGGUUGGGCCUUUGCACCUUAAAACCCCUCAAAGGCUACCUAAGGAUUUACAAGACUGGUUAGAUGGUGCAGAAAAAGGCGUCAUCUAUUUCAGUCUUGGAAGUAAUAUCAAAAGUAAAUCUUUGCCCGAGAUAGCUCGGGCCAAUUUAUUGAGGUUCUUUAAAGAGCUGCCUUCUGGAUAUCGAGUUCUAUGGAAAGAUGAACCUGAAGGUACUCCGAACCUUGCAAACAAUAUUUUGACGAGGAAAUGGUUACCUCAAGAGAGUGUUCUAGCGCAUCCUAAAGUAAGGGUCUUCAUCACCCAAGGUGGUCUCCAGAGUUUCCAGGAGGCGGUGCACUUUGGGGUUCCCGUGGUGGGGAUACCGUGGUAUGGCGAUCAACGUUUCCAGGUUUGGAGAAUGGUGGAUGCCAAAAUUGGAGCGAGAUUACUACCGAAAGAACUUCACUCCUUCGAUAAAGUUAAGUCUGUCAUCGAGAGCGUAUUGUACGAAAAGAGCAUUUUGGAGAACAUGAGAAGACAUUCUGCGAUAUCGCGUGAUUUCAGCGCGGUAGCUUUGGACAGAGCGACUUUUUGGGUGGAACACGUUGCAAGACACGGCGGAGCUGAUCAUUUGAGGCCCUUCACCGCUGAAACGACACUUUUCCAAUAUUUCGCCCUUGAUAUCGUUGCCGUCUGUCUAGUCUUCACUUCUACCAUUUUAUUUGUUUUAUUUUCCGUCUGUAAAUUUUUAAUACGAUCUUCAUCAAUAACUAAAUCUGUAAAAAUUAAAGCAUCCUGAUUCUGAAUUAUAGCAAAAUAUGAAUUUUGUGUAGUUUGUA